AAAAAAAAAAAGUUUAAAAAAAAGAUUUUUUUUUUUUUUUAUUUAAAAUUGUGAAGUGAAGUGUUUUAAUUGGAGUAAUAACAAAUUAUAAACAUAUAUUUAAAAAAAGAGCGUUUUUUCAUGUGGAUUAAGAAAGAAUAAAAAAAAAAAAAAUUGUGGAUUUAAUUCAACCCUAUUUUAACAACCCCCGUUGACAAAGAAAUAACGUUUCUUGAAGAAUUUUACAUCUGUCAGUGAAUUAAUCAUAAUCUGUCAUUUAAGGGAGGAUUUUAUGUGGUUUUUUUUUUUUUGGCUUAUAUUGAGGUCAUGUCAAAUGCUUGACAACUGUCCUUUUUUUAUUUUCUCAUUUGGAUAAUCCUGUUCUCAUUGAAAAUCAAAUUUUCAUUUAAUUAUUAUUAUUAUUUAACGACAAGAAUGAGGUUGGCACGUUUCCAGAUGCCUUCGUCGAGUCGUACAGGAACCAGAAAAGCUCUCACGUGCAACGAUUAAAGUGAAUUUUUCAUCCGCGUCAAGUGGUUGUUAUUCAAUACUGUCAGUUUUUUGGGUCGAUAGGGGAUCGACCUCGUGCCGGUUCGAUAACCGGGACGGGGGUUGUUGGUACAUGAUCCAACUUGUGAGCAACAACAAUUAUUCAGUGCUACAAUAAUUAUUUUAUUUUUUUUUUAAUUAAAAAAAAUUAAUUUAAUUUACAAUUUAUCAAUUUUUAACAAUUUCGUUUGGAUUUUUAAUAGUGGAUUAAUUCAUUACAUUCCGUGACUGUGGAUAAAAAAAAAAAAAAAAAAAAAACAAACGUGUGUGUUAUUUAUUUAGUUAUUAUUUAUUUAUUAUUAUAAUUUUUUUUUUUUUUUUUUAUUUGAAAUAAUUCAGUGAAAGUGCUCAGCUUUAUCGUUAAGUGGUUUAUCAAAUUUAUUAUUUUUUUCAAAUGAAAUAUUUGUGACAACUUGAAUAGUGUUGUUUUUUUUUUUUUAAUUUAAAAGUUUAUUAAUUAAUUUAUAAAUAAUAAUAAUAAAUUGAUUAAUUAAAAUAAAAGGAAAUAAUAAGAAAAAAAUAAUAAUAAAUUAUAUAAUUAAAUUGACCAAAGAGACGAUUGGUCAAGGUGGAUGUGAGAGGUUUUUCAGAAACAGAUACUAGAAGGCCAGCCCGACGCAAUGCGUCGACGCUGCUGACGCAACGCGCCUGGAUGCGUCUCACUCUAAGCACGUUACCACAGCUUGCCGUCUUAGCAAAGAUUUUGUGCCUCCUGAUGGUGGUGAUGUGCGGGGCGGUGCCGGCAAUGGUGCGCUCCGUGAGUCUCUAUUCGACUUGCAGCAGCGGCAACAUAACUGUCAUUGACCGAAAGAUAAUGGCAACUGCCAGCGAAGAUCAGAUUGCACAAUUUCAAAAAUUGACAACACAAUCGGAGGAUUUCAGCAGAAAAAUAUAUAUCUUUGCUGAAAAAUCACAAAAAUAUAUAUGCUUUAACAAACACUGGAAAGCAAUAGCUGUGCCAAAAAAAAAGAGAGAUGCAAUGGGUGGCAAGUGUCAAUUCUACGAAACAUACAACGGUCCAUACCUGAGGUAUCAGAGCGCAGCAGACAGUACAAAAAAUCUUGGUUUCAAUAAACACGGAAGACCAAUAAAAGGUCAAGGAGCACGUCAAGAAUGCUAUAAUUUUAUUAAAUACAAUCCAAGUUUCAGUAUAAAUGAUCACAAUGAUUACAUGACUGGUAAUAAACUAAAUGAUAAUCCAAAAAAAAAUAUAGUACUCAAAAAUUCACAUAAAUCUAAUAAUCAUCAUCAACAACAACCACAAUUAAAAAAUUUAAAAUUACAACAAAAACAACAAUUAAAAGUACAACAAAAAUUUCCUCAUCAUCAAAUAGAUGAACAUAAAUUUAAAAAAAAUUUAUUACAAAAUGAUGAAAUAACAAGAGACACAACAACAACACAUCGUCAUAGGCAUACAAAUCGUUUAAAGGUAAAAGAAGAAUAUUCUGGUCCACGAAGACGCCAAAAUAGGCGUUUACUCGGAAGAAAGUAUUAAAAAAAAAAAUAAAAAAAAAAAGACAAAAAUAACAAAACAAAUUAAUUAAAAAUACCAAUUUUAUAUGUACUACUUCAUUUGAUUUAUUUAUAUAUAUAUGAAUAAUAAAUAAAUAUAUAAAUAUUUAUUUAAAAAAAAAUAAAAUGAAUUUCUUGGCUCGAUGAUUUAGACUGCCUCACAAGUGAAACCUGUGACACUGUAAACCGAGGAAUUGCAUUAUUCUAUAACCCGCGGGAUACGGGACCAUUAAAAACCCCCAUCCCAAUCCAGGAUAGUCAAUAAUAAUAAUAAUAAUAUGCAUAAUUAUAAAUAAAUAAUAAAUUUUUAAGAAUGAAAAUGUACCCCCUGGAGGGGAAAUUUGGUAGAGUCCGUAUCCCACGAAGAGAUCCCUCAAUCCCUUCAUUAAAUAUUGUGCAACGAGUCACGCACAAGCGAUACCUUAAUAGGUGGCCCCACUCAAAAGUUUCGAUUGUCUAUGAUAAUAUAUAAAUGAGCAAAAAAAAUAUAAUAUAUAUGUGAAUGCUUAAUGAUUAAAAUCAAAAAAAAAAUAUUUAAAUCGCCUGCGCAGUACCACCUACUCAGUGUAUCGUAUAUGUAUAUUCAAUGUGACUAAAAAGCUUGUUUGUCUGCACAUGCGCAAUAGAUCAUUGACACGAAAUUAUGAAAAAAUGAAAAAUAAAUAUCACCAUGAAUAUGAUAAAUGAAUUUUAUUUAUUUAAUUUUUAAAUUUUUACAUUGUAAACAUAUAUGCCAUUUUGUUAUAUUGGCUAUUUUUAUUAGCUAUAUUUUUUAACACAAUAAUAUCUCGUGGUGAUAGUGUCAAAAUUCGUUGUCAAAUGAGCGUAAUAAUUAAUAAAUAUAAUUGUCAAACACAUAAAUAAAUAAUAUUGUGCUGAUAGACUGAACAUCAGGUCAAAAUUUUUUAAUUAAAUAAGUAAAGUAAAGAAAGAUUUAAAAUGAAAAAAAAAAAAAAAAAUAAGGAGAAGGACGUAUGAAAAAUAUAUGACAGAAUGAAAAUAUAUGUAUGAAUGAAUAAAUUUUUUUGGAACAAGUGCGAGUGAUUGUAAUAUAUUGAGUGAAAAAUUAAACAAAAAAAAAAAAACAUUAUAUACUUCAACAACAAUACUAACACAACUACUCAUAAAAAUAAAUAAAAAAAAAUAAUAAUAAGAAUAUAAAUAAAAUACUAACAACAAUAAAAAAAAAAAACAGUAAUAAUAAUAAUAAUAAAUAAUAAUAAUAACACAAUAAUGUCACCAUGAAUAAGAAAAAAAAAAAAGAAAGUUACUGUUAGUAAAAUACAAAAAGAAAAAAAACGUAAAAUAAAAAUAAAAAAAAAAAAAAAAAUUAAUAACAAAUUUAAUUAUUAGAACGCUACACAGCAGACUGUAUUACUAGAUUUAGGCACAGUUUAAUGACCCAGUGGCGACUGUGUGAAAAAAAAAUAAAAAAUAAAUAAAAAUAAUUACUAAUAGUUACUUGACUGAAAACAUAAAAUAAUAUACUAUAAAAAAAAAAAUAAAAAUAAUUAACAAAUGAAUUUUUCAAUUAGUUGCAGAAUUGUAUUUUUUUUUUUUUAAUUUUUCUUAAUUUUACAGAGUCGCCACUUAAAGGAGCACCUUCAUGGCUUCUUUAAAAGAAGGAACUAAAAAAAUUUAUUAUUCAAAUUAUAGGUAAUAAAUAAUGUUCCUUAGGUAGCUUAUUUAUUGAAAUCAUAUUUAGAUGUUUAAUAUAAAAUUUAAAAAUGAUAUUAAAUAAUAUAAUAAAAUGAAAAUUAAUUUUAAAAUUGACGGAUCCAUUCUUCCUUCUUUUCAUUGUAUGUAUUAAUAAAUUUAUAAAUACAUGUUGCUCUCUUUGCCUACUUGCUCCUUUUCGAUUAAUUUAUCGAAUGAAAAUUAAAAUUAUAUAUAUACUUCAACAAUAAGUUACUCAUGUCAUUGCUUUUUUUUUUUUUUCUUCUUUUUCUUUUAUCUGAAAAUACUCAAUAAUUCAUUUUUUAUUUUUUUUUUCUUAUUUAGUAUCGUGUGGUCUAUUUUUCAUCGUAACAUGACAAAUAUAUAGAUCAUGAUAUAAAAAAAAAAAUAGUGACUGACCAUUGAAAUAAUUAUACAAAAAAAAAAAAUAAUAAAAACUACACGUUUUAAUUAUUGUAAUAAUAAAUAACGUUUAUUAAAAUAAUAAUAUGGUAUUGUAAUUAAAUUAUGUAAAAAAUAAAACUUAAUUUUUAUUUUUUUGUACUUAUUCAUAUGUAAUUUUUAUUAUUCAUUUGUAUAAAUACCAUGUAAAAAAUAUAAUUGAAAAAAAAUAUUAAAAAAUUUUUACAAAAUAAAACUUAGUAAAUUCAAAUUUUUUUGUAAAAAUUUAUUCAAUCAGUCACUCAAUUUUUCCACUACAAAAAUUACCGUAUCGUUCACAUCAUUUUAUUUGGGAAUUAUUUAAAAUUUAAAAAUUAAAAAAAAAACCAAUGACAAGGGUAUCAAAAUAAAAAAGAAUUGGAGCAAAAAUAAAAGAAUCUGACUAAAUGGAUAAUAAAUAUUCGAAAAAAAACAAUAAAAAGAAAUAAUAAAAAUAUAAUUAUAAACAAAUAUAUAAAAGAUGAUGUGUAUUGUAAGAUAUUUAAUACUGACUUGUUAGGCACACUCAAAUAAUAAUAACGAUAAUAUAAAUAAUAAUAAAUAUAACAAUAAUAAUAAUAUGAAAAAAUGAAUGAUUGUGAAUGAUCUAAAAAAAAAAAAAUAAAUAAUAAACAUUAAAAACAAAAUACAAGAGAAUACAUUGUGGAAUAAAAAAAUAAAUAAAUGUUGAUUGGUAAUUAUAUUUAACAAUAGUAAACGAUAACCAAUAUAAUAAUAAUAAAUAAAUAAUAAUAAUGAUAAUAAUAAUAUUCACGAAUGACAUUACGAGUUGCUUUUUGACAAAAAAAAAACUGCUUCCGUGAAUAGAAUAAUAAAAAUAUAUUUAAAAAAAACAUUAAAAAAUAAAUGUCUAUGUUGCGCUAAAACAUUUUUCGCAUUGUAAUAUAAUAACAUACUCUUGAUAUUUACUAAAUUGAUGUGUUGAUGUUAAAAGGCGUGCUUUAUAUGAAAAAAAUCAAAAAAAAAAUUUUUUUUUAAUUAUUUAAUAAAUUAUUAGGUAUAUAUAAAAAAAAGCUUCAAAAAAUUCCGUCAAAAAACGGCCGGUUACUUAAUUUAUUUCUUUAUUUGUUUAUUUAAAAAUUGAAAAAAUUUAAUUAAUAAUAAAUUAGUUUUUUUUGGGAUAUGUGUUAAAGCAUGACAAGAUAUCGAUUAGCCACGUGGUCAGAGAAGUUGGCUCUAGGAGCAACGAGUGGCCGUUCAAAUCACACCAGAGACUUAUUUUUUUUUUUUUUUUUUUAUAAAACUAGUAUCCAUUCUGCACAUAUCCUUAUUUAAUUUUUUUGAAAAAUGAUCAAAUUUAUAAUCAUUUAUAAAAUCAUCAAUUUUUUUUUUUUGCAAAACAAUUUUUUUUUUAUUUUUAUCUUUCAAGGAAAAAUUAUAAACAAAAUAUUUUUUGUUGAAGUUAUUAUUAUACAUGAAGCACUUUACAUAUGCACUGAAUUUGUGAACAUUAUAAAAGUGUAUAUGUAUAUGUAUUUCAUAUAUAUAUACCUGUUUCAUUGAAG